AUGCAUCAGAAGAAAUCGGAAGCUCAAAUCGGGAAAGAAAGCAGCGGCGUUUCCUCCGAUUUCAACCCAUCUCCCCCUCUUCUUUUCUUCCCCCAGAUCGUAUCUCACCAUCAUCAUCACCACCACCGUGAUGCAUCUUCCUCGGUGGCGCCUUUCAAGCGUCCUCUCCUUAACCACCGCUUCUCUCCUACUCCCUGUCUUUCUUCUUCUUCGCCAUCCUCUUCCCCGAUUCUGUUGCUCAAAUCCUAUCUCUCCCGCUCUCUCCGCCGCUUCCCUCUGUUUCUCCUCCUCCUCCUCCCUCUCUCCUACUUGCUCCUCUCCCAUCCCACUCGACCCUUCCUUGUCGAUUUCCUCUCGGCCUUGGCUUUCUCCGCCGCCCUUCUUUUAUCGCUAAAUCUGGCUCUCCCUCGCCUCCCUUCCAUCCGCUUGUUCCUCGCACGCUCCUUCCCCUCCCCGUCUAGGACCCCUUUGCCCGUUUUCUGGUCAAUCGGCUCUCGCCCAAAAUCUGACAAGAGGGCAAGCUCCGGGUGCUGGGUGCAGGUGUACAGCAACGGAGACGUCUACGAGGGAGAGUUCCACAAGGGCAAGUGCUCCGGCAGCGGCGUCUAUUACUAUUACAUGAGCGGCAGGUAUGAAGGUGACUGGGUUGACGGCAAGUACGAUGGUUAUGGUGUUGAGACCUGGGCCCGAGGCAGCCGUUUCAGGGGCCAGUACAGGCAGGGUCUUCGCCACGGAUAUGGGGUUUACAGAUUCUACACCGGAGACAUGUUCUCCGGCGAGUGGUCCAGCGGUCAGAGUCACGGUUGCGGAGUCCACACCUGCGAGGACGGAAGUCGCUAUGUUGGGGAAUUCAAGUGGGGAGUCAAGCAUGGUCUUGGGCAUUACCACUUCAGGAACGGGGACGUUUACGCCGGCGAAUACUUUGCUGACAAGAUGCAUGGAUUCGGGGUCUAUGGUUUUGCAAAUGGUCACCGAUACGAGGGCGCUUGGCAUGAAGGUAGGCGGCAAGGGCUGGGAAUGUAUACAUUCCGCAAUGGAGAAACACAGUCAGGCCAUUGGCAAAAUGGGAUCCUCCACAUUCCAAGUACCCAAAAUUCAACCUGUCCGGUCUCUCCUGUUGCAGUUAACCAUUCCAAAGUGCUCAAUGCGGUCCAGGAGGCACGGAGAGCAGCAACGAAGGCUUAUGAUGUAGACAAGGUUGGUGAGAGAGUUAACAGAGCGGUUGCAGCCGCCAAUAGGGCAGCCAAUGCUGCAAGAUUGGCGGCCAUCAGAGCUGCCCCAAGACAGUCUAAAAACCUGGACAACUUUCCGAUUGCUCUUGUGUGA